AGUGGGGGAGGGUCACGUGUGUACACACUGUAGAGCUCAGCAGCACUCCAGCAGUAGUAAAGUCUGUAACGGACGGCCCCUUUUCAGAACAACACUCGUCUGAAAAGUUGAUAGAUGAAGUCAGUCACUACGGUUAGCAGUAAAACGGUUCUUUUUGCUGUUUUUAGGCAUUAAGAGCGUAGGGAGAGCCGAAGCGCGUAUUUUAGGACGUCUGUUUGUCAAAUGAAACGCCUGAGAAAUGUCAGUGGAAAUGCUACAUCCAAACCCUAUGCCUCCGUAGGUUUGUCACCGAGUCAAAUCCAUACGUUUCUGUCGACCUGUUGAGAGACUUGAACCGUGUCAGAGCCCAGCAAUGUGGAUCUGCAUGGUUUACAAUGAGACGGACACCAGCGUGGACUUCCGGCUCUGCCAGGACUAUGGCCUCAUCCUGUCAGUCUUCUCCCUCAUCUACCUCCUGGUGUGCUUCCCAUUGGGGCUGUGCUACAAUGCACUGCUGGUCGUGGUCAACCUCUCCAACAAGGUGUCCAUGACCAUGCCGGAUGUUUAUUUCGUCAACAUGGCCAUUGCGGGCCUUGUGCUCAACCUGGUGGCGCCCGUGGAGCUGCUGAGCUCCACCUUCACCCGCUGGCAUGCAUGGGAGUACAACAAUGAGAUCUACAUCACCCUGCUCAUCCUCUUCAACAUCUCGUCUCUGGUCAUCAUGUAUUCCACCACACUGCUCAGUCUGGACUACUAUAUAGAGCGGGCACUGCCUCGCACAUAUAUGUCCAGUGUGUAUAACACCAAACAUGUGUGUGGGUUCAUCUGGGGCGGCGCGGUGCUCACUAGCUUCUCUUCACUGCUCUUCUAUGUGUGCAACCACAUCUCCACUAAGAUGGUUGAAUGUUCCAAAAUGCAGAACAAGGAGGCAGCCGACGCUAUCAUGAUGUUCAUUGGUUACGUGGUUCCAGCUGUGGCUGUUUUUUAUGCCUUUGUGCUCAUUUUGCGCAUUAGGAAGGAGUCUACACCUCUGGAUCAGGACUCCGCUCGCUUGGACCCUUCUAUCCACAGACUGCUGCUAGCCUCAGUCUGUGUGCAGUUUGUACUGUGGACCCCAUACUAUAUGACCCUGUUGGUACACACCAUAGCCGGUGCACCAGGGUAUAUUAGCAACGUGCAUUACUUACCUACCUAUUAUUUCUUGAGAUGUGUGUCUAAACUGCUGGCUUUCUCUAGCAGCUUUGCGAUGCCUCUCAUGUACAGGCAGAUGAAUAAAAACUUCUCCAACAAGCUUCAGCGGCUGCUCAGGAGGCUGCACUGUGGAGACCAGUCCUGCCCUCAUGAACGCUCAACAGUGCAACAAGUGGUGACGUGAGAUUACCAACCCUGAGAUAUUACCAACGCCCCCUCUUGACCUAGCCGGCACUUAUCUUCCUCCUACAGAGCCAGUAUCUGAUUGGGUUCCCUCGCUGCUCUGGACUGUGUUAAGAGCGACGUAGCUAACUGUGGAAUUUCCUGUCACCUUCGAGAACUUGAUCUGACCAGUCCACUUCUGCAUUGAGAGGACAAACCAAGCAAAAACCACUAAGUGCAGUUAUUUUUUGUCACCGAGUGACGCUCUCCACUAAGACACUUGGGCUUCUAGUUUGAGAGCGGUAAAUUGGUGCAAUCAGCUGAUGACUACCCAGUGCAGUGUUUUCUCUGAGUUUUAUCCAAACGCUAACAAAAUAUCCUGUUAGAAAGGGACUCCCAAGCACUACACCAUUGCAGUGGGUGCAGCCUCCCUGAUAGGGGUGCGUUAUGAAUAUUCGGCUGACUGUGUGCAAGUUUGUUUGUUUGUUUUCACUGUAGUCACAAUAUGCUACUAGAUACAAUUUAAGUCCCAGCAAGAACAAUUUACAAAUUAUGCAUGAUGCUUUCCCUUAACAUACACACAGAAUCAAUAAGCUAUAAACUUAACUUAAUUAUCAAGUGAAGCCAAGUUAUUUUGUUUCUUAAUAGAACACUCCACAACCCUGCAUUGAUGGAUGGUGGCUGGUAUAUCAACAACCCACCCCAGCUAAUGAACUUCAUUGUGUAUCAACACUGCAAACCAACAUUUUGCGCUGCCAGUGAACAUCAGUGUUUACUGCCCUCAAACUAGAGGCUUUGAUCUCUUAAAUGAGAAGACAGUUCUACCUUUCCAGAGCUGAAUUUUCCUUUUACUUAAAAGUACUUAGAGUGAUUCCUCAUUAUCACAGUAAAUAAUCUUCACAUUUUAAAGGUGGAGACAGUUGUCUCUUACAGAAAUUUUAGCUUAAUUUCAAAAGCUAUUUUCUUUCUCGAUACCGGUACCGCCCUGUAGCAAGAGGUAGGCACUGGUAUGAAGAGAUGUUCUGAUUUCACUUUUAUAGAUUGAGUUCUGAGGUUUUGAUCCAAUUGCAGGCAUAAAGAGAUUAUUCUUGCAUAUGUGAAGCUCCAUAACAAAUAUCAUAAAUUAAUAUACAUCAACACUACUUUGAAGUCACACAGAACUACAUGAAAUGCUUAUAUAGAGCUUUUAUUCAGGGUUCAGACAUAACCGGUAUACCUCUUGUGAUCUCUGCUGAAAUCACAUCACCUGUUAACCAUAAGCAGUUCAAAUCAACUCAUUAAAAAUCAUCUCUUGAUCAGAGAGCCUCAGCUCAGUAUGUGAUUUGUUAAGCUAUGUUUUGCUUCUGCAGGAAUUAUGCGUGGAGAGCCUCUAAUAGGGUCAGUGAAGUCAACACAGGGUCACAGAGAGGGCCCUAAGAAGGUGGCAUGUAUAUUCCCUAAAUUGUAUGAGCACCCAUGAGUGGCUGGGAGGAUAUUCAGUGGAAAUAUGAAGACCUGACUGGGUCACUCUAGAGGCACUAUCAAAAACCUUCACAAAUUAUAAAAGAAUCUCCUGCCAAGCAACUGCAAACAGUGUGCUUGACGCAGAGUUUGAACUGAAAUGCUCCUCAGAUGCAUUAAGGUAAUCUGCACAUUAUUGGUAAAGCUGCUUUGCUUUCUUGCCUGCCACUUAGUGAAAAGUGAACAGACUAAUAGUGAUGAACCCUAGUUAUAAAAAUGAAAAAUAGAAACUUGUUUUUGCAUGAGGUCUGUUGUAUCACUACAUUAAUUUAGUUUUUUAUUUGCUUUCUGAAUGAGAGGGCCAGUUUAUUAAUCAUCCUGUGAACAGAUACACCAGCAGGGUGGGGCAUUCACUUGAAGAGAAAUGGAAGGUGGGCACACUGUUAUAUUACACUCACAGACAACAAUAGUCACUUAUCUUUGUAGACAGUUUUAAUUUACACCUUCAAAUAAACAAUUUUACGUUAAUAAUGACCUGCCAAAAUCUUUUGGCUAUUUCCUCAAGUGUGCCUGGCUUUCACUGUAAAACGUAAAGGAUUGCCAGAUGUACUAACACAGAUUUGAUGCUUUUCAUUCAUAUAUGAAGUUAUUAUUAAGAUUAUAACAUUAUAUCACACAUACUGUAUUUUUUAAACAUCUCAUGACUAGACAUAUUGUUUGAUUGAGCUAUGAAACAGUGUGCAACAUUUUAAUUUUUGCUGCAUAGCCCCACCCUCGUUAUGUGUAUCUACAAUCAAUUAGUGAGAAGUACUGUUUAUUUUCAACUGAGGCUGUGUGUUUACAUUAUGUGCUACAAUAUGUGCUGCCCCAUAAAAAAAGCUUGUAUGUAUCGUGACACAGUUAAUCAUUAUUUGAACUCAGCUCAAAGUCCUAAUGUUUACUGUUCAUUGAGGAUUGGAAGGUAAACAGUAGUACAUGGUCAAAUGAUAAGUGGUUCGAAUCAAAGCUUGUGAUGGUCUGAUGGAGGAAAUUUAAGCAACAUUUUCGGCCAUGAAUUGGUGCACUAUAUACAGAGAUUGCAGUUGUGUCCACAUUAAUUUUUACCAAAACUCCAACUAUUAUUUAAUUAAUAGGUCCUACAAUGACACUCGAAUUAUAGUGAAUAGAAUUGAAUAUUUCCCAGUUUUCUGAUCAUUAUGUGACAGUUCAACAUGUUCCCAUUGGUAUUUUUAUGCAGUUAAUAUGGAUAGAAUUGAUGUCAAUUUUACAUUAAUUUCAUGAAGAGACAUCCAACUAGAAGGCACUCAACAAAACUAAAAAUGUGUUAUUUUGAUAAGAUUUUAAUUUCAGUCUAGAUCUGAAUCUGCAUCCAACUACACAAAAUGAAUGACAAUUGUGCUGAUUUUUGGAGAAUAGCUAAAUAAGAGUCAUGACCAUUUAACUUUAGCAUGUUGCUGCAGCACCACCUGUAGGCAAAGUUUUGCAAGAUUGCUUGGAGUUGAUAUGCACAUGUGGCAUCAAAGUUUGGUUGCAAUUACACAAAGAAUGCCUCACAUUUAACACCAAAAUCUAAUUAGUAUUCCUCAGCUCAUGCCCUAAACUUUCACCAAAUUUCAAUGAAAUCCAUUAAGUUGUUUUUGAAAUAUCUUGCUAAGUAAGAGAUGGGACCUAAAACAAUCUCCUUGGCAUAGGUAAUAAUUAGCAAUCACCUCAAAUGGACUGACUGCAUGAUGCACACAACUGUGCCAAUAAAGCUUGAUCAAAGUCACACCCAACUCAGAUUACUGCUCAGGUCUGAGUUGGUUUAUUAUUUGGCCAUAAUCUCACAUCAGUGCAAAGACAUUUGAGUAAAAUUCACUGAGCAGUUAAAUUGCUGAAACGGACUAAGUGUAAAAACACCCUUAAAGUUCUCGUGUGUCGAGUGUAUGCAGAUGCAUUUUAGCUAUUUGAACGGCAAAACCUCAAAUGUUCAGAUGAAUCCAAUUUCAGAUGUGAUGUUUUUGUGAAUGUGUAUGCAAGUGUAUAUGUAUAAUACAAAAUAAUGUGUAUAUAUUGUAUGUGAGAGAUUUACAGGAAGAUACCAUGCUCUUUCAAAACUACAGUUAUUUUCUGAAAGAUAUAUUUAGAUUCUAGUAAGUAAUCUACUCUAUUGUCAACUGAGUCAAAGACUGAUUAAACAAUAAACUAACAUGGAUGUUA